GUUACUUUUACUUUGAUAAAAUGCCUAUUGUACCUAUUGUUUGUGUUUCUCUCUCUAAACAAGGUUUUCUGUGUUUUCGUUUAAGAUAUAUCCGUAACCUGAGUUUUAAUCAUGGCGUAUUCAGUGUAAAGUUUCAUACUGAGUAUGUUCUGGAAUCGUUUAAGGAAAACUGAUAAAUUGGUAGAAAAUGUUAUCCUUUUCAAUUUGAAUAUUUCGAAUAGUGAUCCUGUAGUAGAAUAUGUCUAUCCACCAGUUGACGAUACAAAUCUUUGCUUUAAUAAAUUGCGAAACUUUGUUCUUCCAUGCAGACAUGACAGUCUUAUUUCAGAAGAGUAUACUCUUAUAUUCACGGAUAUUGAUGGGACUGUAGAAUUCUUUGUUUGUAUUACUUUGCCUAUUUCCGGAUAUAUUGUGUGCGUUAGUAGUUAUUUACCAUACUUUGAACUUUUGCAUUCAAUAAUAAAAUUGAUUAAUCAAGAUCAUUUGUAUAGAGAAGAAAACCGAUACAAUAUUGAAAUAAUUUUAAAAGAAUUAAAUUAUCAUUCCGGUUUCGCUAUAUUAAACGUUUCAUCACCAAAUUCGAUGAAAUUGGGUAUACAACUUCCAGAACCCCAGUUUCAAUUCGUUUAUCAUAGACAUAUCUUAGAGUAUUAUAAUACACUGUCUAUCGCAAAUUGGAUUGUAAUAUUUGAAAGCCUAAUUAUGGAGAAAAGUGUAAUAUUUUAUUCAAGUCGCCUACAACGUGUUACUUCUUGUCUGUUGGCAAGUCUCAGUUUGUUGUACCCACUCAUAUGGCCUCAUUUGAUAUAUACACUGCUACCUUCCAACUGUAUUGACUAUGUUGGCUGUCCAACUCCAUUUAUUGCUGGUGUCCAUUCAUGUUUAAAAGAGAAAAUAAAACCGCUCUUAAUUCCUGGAGUUCGGCUUGUAGAUUUGGAUCAUGACAUAGUAUAUGGAACAGGGAAUAUAGGAAUGACUAUGCCGCCUGUUUUACGCCAUUGGUUAAUUAGACGGUGUAAUGCUUCACACAGUGCAAUUCUACAACAUAUACACUCAACAGAAAAUGUCGCUUCAACUGUUGCAUUACUGUUAGCUCGACCAUAUUUAGAAUUGAUGGCUAUUCUUCUUGGUCGCUAUCGAUCAGCAUUACAGCAUAAUGAAGCAUCUCCAUCUAUCAAUCUUUUACCGAUACAAUCAGCAAAUACUGAUAAUCGAUUACAGGAUAAAUUUGAUCAACCUCGUAUUGGUGGAUGGUUUUUUGAUCGUGCUGCAUUUGUAAUUUCUUGUGGUCAUGAAUUACAACCUUAUCUUACAGAACUUUUAAAUUCUCAAAUGGUGUUACAAUUUUUUGAAUCACGUGUGGCCAUUUUGAAUUCCGAUGUUGCAAUUAUUCCACCGGAUGAUUUUGAAGAUAUUAUUGAUCAUGUUUCCAUACCGAAACGUUCUAAUGGAUUAAAUGAUUUUUUAAAUUUCGGUCGAACGGAAUUCGAUAAAAUAACUCGAAAACUGACGCGGGAAUCCGAGAAACUUUCAAAGAAAUUAUUCAAUCGUCCUAAUACUAUGUUUCAAACAUUUAAAUUGGAUUGUCCUGCAAUAGAGAAACGAGAUUUUAAUAAUAGUGCUGCGUCAAAAGUUUACAGUAGAAAAUUAUUUAUUCCAACUUUGACAACUCGACCACCAGAACAACAAGAUGUUUGUGAAAUUUUGAGAAAACAAUUAAAAUUCCACGAUAAUAAUAAUAAUAAUAGUAAUAAUAAUAAUAAUCUUUAUUUAUCUAGUCAUUAUCAAGAAAAAAUUGAUCAAAAAGAAAAUAAUUCCCCAUCUGAUAAUCAUUCUGCAUGGCAACCUUUAUCCCCACAAAUAGAUCAUGAAUUGCGUAAUUCAGAACAAAAAAAUCGUAGUCUACUCACUAGUAUUCUAUUCGAACUACCUGAAAUGACAGCUGAUUUCUAUCUUCCAACAACCACAACAACAACAACAACAGCGAUAACAACCACAACUACAACUAGUCAAUUGACCGAUUCUUCAGUAUCACUUCGAGAUCAUUCUGAUAAUGAUAUAGAACAUAAAGCGGCAAUAUGUCAUCCCCGUAGUAAUUCAUCAAAACGUAUGGGUUAUUAUAUUGAGCCACCUGAAGAAAAACAAACUUUUCACGAUUGGGUUACAUUCGAUUGUAGCCCAUCUACAUGUCAUUCAUCUGACGAUCUUAUUAAUUUGACCAGUUCCUCUUCGAAUUUAUCCAAUACAUUAUAUGCGUUUUCAGAUGAAGCAUUUUUGAAUUCUUUAUCAACUGCUGAUAGCAAACCGAUUGAAUGUGAUCGUAGUCAAAUAGAACAAUCAAUUCUAGAUGAAUUCGACCAAUUAUCUGUAUCUCGAACAAGAAAUACAUAAUUGCCCCUGAACUAUAUUUCCAAUUACUACAUGUAUAUGUUUUCUUUUUCAAUCAUUAUGUUGCAUUGUAUUUUUUACGAAUGAAUCUCUGUUGUUGUUGUCUGUCAUCAGUUUGAAAUCUUAUUCCAUUCCGCUUGAAAUUGAUCUAAUCAGUAUGUUUAUCAUUUUUCUUUCUUUUUAUUACGCAAACGGAACAAUCGUCUUUUUUUUCUGUUAUAUUUUAACAUUUACUUGCUCAAAACUAUUAUUUUACUCUUUGAUAAUAUUUACCAUUUCUAAUAUUUGAUACUUUUUUUUAAAUAGUUGAUUGAUAUUUUCUAGUGAUUAUUUUGUGUAUAUUGAACAUUUAAAACAAAUGUUAACUUGAUAAAAGAAAAUUCUUUAAUUCGAAA